UUGAUUUUCAUUCGGAUUUCGCAGCUGUUUCUGUUUUUUUUUCUUUGGGAUUUCACAGUUUUCCAGUCAUGAUUGUUUUAUAACAAAAGGUUUUCCACUUGUUGAAUUGAAUUGAAAAACUUGACGCUUGUGAAUUGCUUCGAACUACUAGUCCUCUGUGCAUUACGGAUAACUGAAACUCUUCAUUAGUGACCAUCCGAUUGAUUCCCACUGACAUUUUCUUCGUUGGGCUGCAGUUUGCGCGGGGUUCAUGGAAGCUUGACCAUGUCGAAAUUGUUUGUACAAAACCUUCCUAAUGGAAUAACCGAAGAGCGACUGAAGAGCAUCUUUGAGCAGAAAGGCAGCGUGACGGACGUGAAGCUCAAGUACACCAAAAAUGGGAUUUUUCGCAAAUUCGGAUUCGUCGGCUUCUUCUCGGAGGAUGACGCCAAGACGGCCAUGGAUUAUUUCAACAGCACCUUCAUUGAUACGUCCAGAAUUAAGGUGGAAUUGUGCCGCGAUCUGGGCGAUCCGGAUAAACCGCGCGCCUGGUCUCAGCAUAGCGCCGAUUCCUCCCGUUUCCAAGCCCGCGAAAAAGCCCAACAAAAAUCUACAAAAUCCCCAGCGACACCUGCCGCGAAGAAACCCUCCAGAGUGGCCUUAAAUCGUUUCGAGCAGCUGUUGCGGAAUCCCUUGUUGUCGGAAGCGGAACGCGCCAUGUUCGAUAAAAUCCGCGACAAUCCCGAAUUCGUGGAAUUCCUGGAGGUGCAGCGGAAAAAAGGCAGUUUAUGGGAUAACGAUGAUGUCGGUGUGGUGCCGGAGAGUAAAGAGAAAAAGACGGAAGAGGAACCGGAAGUGGCGGUGGGGGACAAGAAGGAGGAUUUCAAUAAAAUGAAAUUCGCGGUGAAAAUCAAGAAAUUGCCGAAAGGCGCCAAGAAGGAGAGCAUUCGGGAGUUUUUCAAGCCCCUGGUGCCGACACGGGUGCAUUUGCCUAAAAAAGCUCGAGAUAUCGCUUUCGCCCAGUUUAACAACGCGGAAGACGUUACCAAAGCGGUGCGGUAUGAUCAGCGCUUAUUCAAUGGCUCCGCCGUACACAUUGUACGCUGCCAGAAUGAGGAGGACGCCGAUGCGGCUGAUCCUGUGGACGCCGCAGAUAAUCCAUCCAAAAAAUCCCCCGAUUCGGCUGUCGAACCGGUCGGCGAUUCAGGCCGGUUGUUCAUCCGGAAUCUGUGUUUCCGCUGCACCAGUGACGAUUUGGAGAAGCUCUGCUCAAAAUUCGGGUUGGUCGUGGAAAUCACGCUACCCGUUGAUCAGAUGACCAAAAAAUGCCGUGGUUAUGGGAUCGUCACGUUCGCUCUUCCCGAAGACGCCGUGAAAGCGCUCAACGCGCUGGACGGAAAAGACUUUCAGGGAAGAACGUUGCACGUGAUGCCGGCUCAGCCGAAACCAGAGGAACAGCACACGGAGAAGAAACCUGCAAAAGAAAGCUCCUUUAAAAAGGAAAAAGCCGAAAAACAAAAAGAAGACAGUCAGAAAGCGCACAACUGGAACAGCCUGUUUAUCGGCGUUAACUCCGUGGUGGACGCCAUGGCGCAGCGCUACAACGUCUCCAAGAGCGCGGUCCUGGACAGUGAUGCGUCCAAGCAGAGCACCGCCGUGCGUCUGGCCCUGGGGGAGACGCAGAUCGUCAACGAGACCCGCGAUUUCCUCAUCGCUAACGGCGUCAAUCUGGACGCUUUUUCACGGCCGGCGUCGGCGCGCAGUAAGACUGUGAUCCUCGUGAAGAAUCUCCCCGCCGGCACCCAGUCCAGCGCCAUCCUGAAGCUGUUCCAGGACGAAGGCAGUGUGGUGCGGCUGGUGAUGCCGCCGUCCGGUGUCAGCGCCCUGGUGGAGAUGGCCGAUGCGACGGAUGCCAAGAAGGCCUUCCGGAAGCUGGCCUAUAUUAAGUUUGGCAGUUUACCGCUGUUUCUGGAAUGGGCACCGGCGGAUGCGCUGGGUGCGGCUCCUCUGCCUCCCGCCACGCCCGCCGCCAAAACACCUGCGGAGCCCACAACAGCCAGUGCGAAGACAGAAGUCUUGCCUGCGGAGAAUGCCGAUGACAGCGCGACGGACAGUGUUCCCGGAUCGACGCUGUUCGUGAAGAACCUCAGUUUUAACACCACCGACGCAUCGCUGCACGAAUUUUUCUCAGCUGUAGGACGUGUGAGAAAGGCGACUGUCGCACGGAAGAAAAAUCCACGGCAAAACGGCGGACUUCUGUCGAUGGGGUACGGAUUUGUCGAAUUCACCACACCGCAGUCCGCGCAGGAAGCACUGAAGAAGCUCCAGCAUCAGCAGCUGGAUGGGCACGCCCUGGAGCUGAAAAUGUCCGACCGCACUACCAAUGAGACGUCGUCGGCAAAGCGCAAGGAGAUGUCGACCGCGCAUGCCCCGUCCACUAAGAUUGCCGUGCGCAAUAUCCCCUUCCAGGCGACGGAGAAGGAAGUGCGCGAUGUUUUCAAAGUAUUUGGAGAAUUGAAAUCCGUUCGUCUCCCGAAAAAGAUGGGCGAAGUAGGCACGCACCGGGGAUUCGGAUUCGUGGAUUUCCACACCAAGGCCGAUGCCAAGAGAGCGUUUGACGCCCUGUGCCACAGUACGCACUUGUACUCGCGUCGUCUGGUUCUGGAAUGGGCCGCCACUGAUGAACAGGAUGUGGAUGUGUUGCGCAGUAAAACCGCCGAACAUUUUCGUGCCGAUAAUUCCAGCCGGAAGAAAGUGAAGAAAAGCCAUAUCCGACAAGAACUGGAUGAUAAUGCGCAGAAUGCCGAUGGCAUGGACGACAACGAUUAAAUUCGUCGCGUUCGAUUUACGACACAAACAGUUGUUUUUACCUAUGUUAUGGAAUUGUUACCCUGUGCAUUUAAUUAGUUUUAAUUUUAAUUUGUUUUCCGUGACCUGUCUGCUUUCAACAGAAAUUACGAGAAUAAAUAA